CGCAUAUAAAUGUCAACACAACUGCAUUUCCUUUCGCAGUUACACCUUCGAAAACAUGAAGCAAAAGAUUGUGAUGAAGGUGCACAUGAAUUGCCAAAAGUGCCGCACGAAGGCACUCAAGGUUGUUGCUGCAGCAAGUGGUGUGAAUUAUGUGGGGUUAGAGGGAGAAGAGAAAGACAAGUUGGUGGUGAUUGGAGAUGAAGUUGAUCCUGUUAAGUUAACAAAUUCUUUGAGGAAAAAGGUUGGACACACCGAUAUCAUAAGCUUAGCAGAGGUCAAGGCAAGUUAGAAGUCUAAAACCAUGAACCAUUGUUCAUCAUUAUACCCUUUUUUUUUUUCAUUUUGAUGUAAUUUUGUUAAAUUUCUUGUUCAGCUUUUUGGUUAGAAAAAUGUUUGAUAAGCAUUCCAUGUACUAUUAUACACGCAAGAGACAGAAAAAUAUAAAUAUAAUAUAAUUUAUGUAGUGAUAAGAAGAGAGAUAAAAAGAAAAAAGAGAUAUUGAUAGAAUGUUUAAAAUGAAGAGUGAUUCAUGUAUUAUUAUUGAGUGGAAAGUAUCAGGCAUGGUCUUCCAUUAUAAGUAGUUUCAGACCGUCAAUAAUUCAACCUUGAAAACUUCCACACCUACGGGCAUGUAACCCUUAAAUGGGAGAGAGAAACAGAGCAUUUUUUGGUUUUCAACCUUGAAAUUUGUCAUUGGUUAACGAUGUAGGUGUAAAUUCUGUGAACAUAGAGGGGGAAAGCAAAGAUCGAGUGGUGGUGAUUGGAGAGGAUGUGGAUGCUGCCAAUUUGACGAGCUGCAUGAGGAAAAAAGUGGGGCACACUGAACUUGUUACUGUAGUAGAGCUAAAGGGUAAAUAGAUAUGAAGACCAUGCCAGGGAUAUAGUUUUUAAUAAUUAUUUUCCUACUUAGAUUAGAUUAGAUUAGUGGAGUGAAGUUUAAUUUAAUUUAGAUUCUAUAUGCAGAGUGAGCGUGUAAGUAAUACAAAAACAUAUUAUACCAAAUAUAUUUUUAGUUUGAUCUAUUUUAAUAAAGAUUUGAGUUUAAAUUUUGUGGAUAAAAAAA